AUGAGCGACGAUGAAGGAAACAUCGGGAUUCCCUUUGCGAUACCAGAUCUAUGGGGUCUAUCAAAGCUACAUGCCCUUGAGGGAGAUCAAGAUGGCUCCCUCUUCUCCCAAAUAAAGCUUGAUGAUGUUGACCAGAUCCUUCCCGAUGUAGUCGAACAAAGAGCACAGGACGACAAUGGCUUUUUCAGUAUCCCAGAUUUAUCACUUGGGCUUGCUGCGGACGUUCCAACCCCACCCGAACCAACCGAUUUUCAAGAAGAACCAGUCACUACGCAGAAAGAAGAUAUUGCAGAGGAGUUUGAUUUUUGGUCAUUAACGGACGAUGUUCCGCUGAAGGUAGCGAAUUAUCAGAGUUGGGAUGGGUUCGACAACGCAAAACUCCAGGAGCGUCAGACACCGUAUAUCACAGAGGCUGGGCCCGGGAUACUCGAUGCCGCCCUGGCUGCAAAGGCGGAUUUCUUCCAUGUAGACAAUACAGACUAUAUGGUUCUGGGCACCGAAGUAUAUACUGCUUCAUUGCUGGCUCUCGGACUGGGUAGAAGUUCGGUACUAUUCGCCUGGGAUGAGACAGAACAAUGUUUUAGCCCUACGCUCCCCGAUAUUCGGAUAUCUGGGCACACAGGGGAGUCUCUAAAUGAACUAUCGGCUAUGUUCAUGGAAUGUGGAAAUAUUACGAGAGCGCUGCAAAGCUUUUUCGAUAAGUCUUAUGGUGGAAGCACAUCCGCUGGGCGAAUUGCUUUAGCAGAUGCUGUUUCUACAUUGCUGGCUACGAUACAAUCACGACUGAGUGCUAGCACAUAUAUGCAUAACAGCCUCUUGCAACUCCAGGCGUUAUUCCAGCCAGCUUACUCAAUAUUGACGUGCUUUCGCCGGAUUGUUACUAAUGUGUCAGUUACCCGGAGUGAUGAGGCGAUGUUGUCUACGAUAUUCCAAGAAAUCCAACUCCUUGAGCAUAGGACGGACUCGUUGCAAAACAUUCUUCUUGAAAUCCUUUCUAGAGUUUCACAACCAUGGCUCGAGUUCUCCGGAGAAUGGCUUGGCUUGCAACGAGAAGCAGGUGUAUCCCUUACCAAAGAGGGGAAUGGAAAGAGUUUUGUGAGAGUCGAGAAGAAGGAAUGGGUAGAUGAGCAAGGACUUGAAGUCAACCAGCCGGAUUUUGUUUUGGACUUCGAUAAAGUGCCGACAUUUCUUGCUCCCGAAGAUGCUCGUGCAAUGUUUGAGGUUGGAAGGAGCCUCCGAUUUCUGAGAGACCAUCAUUCAGACCAUCCGCUUGCAAGAGCUGAUAUUGUCGCAUCUGCAAAUCCACCAUCUCUUGAAUGGAAGUUCUCGUGGAAAGAUAUCAUGCAGGUGGAGGAAAAGGCUUUGCAGUAUGAGAAAGACUUGACAACUGCCCUACUAGAAUUCUCAGAGUCUGCAAGGCCCCUAAACACUUCUAGUCAUACUGGCAAUACAACCGAGGAUACGUUCAAAUUGGACUUCUUUGGCCGGCCUGAAGAAGACAUGCAAGCUCAUGUCCUUGCUUCCAUUGAUACCCUCAACCAACCCCUAGGCAGCAGUACUAUCCCGGAUCGGCUUUCUCAGGAACUAAGUACGUAUCUUACGUCGAAUGGUGAACGUCCUCAAGACGACGAUUCUAUGUUUCUUCCGCCGAUAUCCCUGACUCCUUUACUCUCUUUCAAUCCGAUCAUCUCCGCUCAAGCUCGCAUUGUGAACGGAACAUGCAUGCGAAUGUUCUUCAACACACACAACCUUCGCGAGCAUUUAGACCUCCAACGUAGUUUCCACCUGCUUGGAAAUGGUGUAUUUUCAAGUCGACUUUCUCACGCGCUCUUCGACCCGGAGCUCGAGAGUGCUGAACGACAGAGAGGUGUUGCUCGCUCUGGUGGUAUCAUGGGUCUUCGACUCGGUGGAAGAGAUACUUGGCCUCCUGCGAGUUCGGAAUUACGACUUGCUCUCAUGGGUGUCCUGACAGACAGUUACAUAUCGAACAAGACAUCGAAUAGGGCCAAUUCUGGGACAUACCUGGAUCAGACUUCUCUGCCUGGUGACCUUAGUUUUGCCGUUCGCGACAUGGCCGAGGAGGAAAUCGAAAAGUGCAAAAAUCUCGACUCCGUCGAAGCACUGGAUUUCCUCCGACUUUCCUACAAGCCACCUCCACCCCUAGAAGCCGUCAUCACACCAAUGAUUCUAUUUAAAUACGACCAGCUCUUCAAGCUCCUCCUAAGAGUUAUCCGCAUGCUUUAUGUAGUAUCAGCACUUUUCCGUGACGCUACUGAUCGCACAUCGUACUGGCAGGGCAUUGAUUUCGUAGCCCAACGCUUCCGAAUCGAAGCCCACCACUUCAUAUACAGCCUAAGCGGCUAUUUCUUCGACACGGGCAUUGAAUCCACCUGGCGAAUCUUCGACCGAAAACUCGAUCAGAUCGAACGGCGCAUCAACAGCGAUAGCAACAACAUUACCCUCGGCCAAAAUGAAGGUCUGGACAAGCUCAGAGAGUACCACGAAAAAGUCCUUGACCGCAUCAUGUUUGCCCUCCUGCUCCGCAAGCGCCAGCAGCCUGUCAUGAAGCUGCUCGAAGAAAUAUUCACGCUUAUCCUGCAAUUCGCGGCGCACUCGCGCGAACGAGCCCUGGGGCUGCAGCGGAAGGUCGGUGCGGAUGAGGAGGUGCGAGAGCUGUAUUUGAGAUAUCGGAAGAAAGUGGGUGUGUUUAUCACUGUCUGCAGAGGCCUGAGUGAGAAGAAGGGAUAUGGGGAGAAGAGGGUUGCGGGUGGCAAGGCAGCGGGGUUGUUUGAUGGGGAGGAUCUGACCGAGGAGAAUACUGUAGCGCAGCUUUUGGCGAGGUUGGAGAUGUCGAAUUAUUACUCAAGGAGUGUUGAUGUUUGA